AUGGUGGAAGGGGUGCCGGAAACCUUCCCCCGGGAGUGUUUAGACGACAAACGAACGUUGAGUUCCUUUGGGUACACAGAACGAGAGGGAACCUUCUACAAAGUCUUCAAGACCAGAAAGGACCAUACUGGUGCUCAUCAGACGUGCGAGGCAGACGGGGGUCAUUUGGCUGUUGUCAAUACGGAGCCUAUCAACAACUUUAUCGUAGAAUUGAUUUCAGACCCUGAAGACUUCUGGAUCGGGCUCAGUGAUAAAUACACUGAAGGCACUUUUAUGUGGGCAGAUGGGACCAAAUUGGAUGGUUUUGAUUUCACCAACUGGGCACCGAACGAACCAAAUGCUCAAAGUGGACAAAACUGCGUGCACAUGUGGUCCGUAUACGACUACAAGUGGGACGAUGACUAUUGCUACCGCCAGAAAUAUUUCAUUUGCCAAAUAGGUACGUACUAA